CAGUCAGUGAGUUUGAGAACGGCACAGAUCAUUCAGCUGUCGGUUGAGCCAUACUGUUGACAGACAGUGAAGAUGACUAGAUAGUGGACUAGUAUAAACAUCUACUGGCUGGAGACCAGCCCUUCGUCUUUUCUAGAUCAGCUUGCUGUGUCGGUGAAAGAAAUUUCCUUCGCGCAAAAUUGUAUUUUACGACUGAGUUCUUCUUUAGACUUGAGAUAGAAUUCUUGCAGUUCGCGAAGUAUUGUAGAUGGUAGCGGUGCUUGCUGAUUGAGAGACCACGCUACAUAUGGUGCCAUUGGUGGUGUAACCAUGGCAACGAAGACUCUUCCCGAGGAGAGGAACCUGCUCAGCCUUGUACGGAGGAACGAUCAUCAGGAGUUGAGGGAGGCAAUCCUUCAAGAGGACGGUACCUUGAAGGAGGGUGUAUCAAACCAGACAUAUACCAACAAAAGGGGAUGGAAGGAGCCAUUACUGGGUCGGCUGCUAUUCAAUGCCUGCGAUGGUGGCCGCCUGGAGUGUGCCUGCAUCCUUGCAGACUGUUGCGGAGAAACAGUCAUCAACCAUCGCUAUGGGGAUUUAUGGAGUUACACUCCACUACAUAGAGCAUGUAUGAAGGGUUACAUCGAUAUUGCCAAGCACCUUGUCAAGUGUAAAGCCAAGGUAGACAAGACUGAUUCGAACGGUGACCUUCCUGUUCAUUACGCUGCUUGGAAAGGACAUCUGGACGUGGUCAAGUAUCUAGUAGAUCUCCAACCCGACACGGUCUCCGUAAAGAACAAAUACGGUAACCUUCCUGUUCAUCGCGCUGCUAUAUAUGGACGUCUGGAAGUCGUCAAGUAUCUACUAGAUCACCAACCCUACACAGUUUCCGUGAACAACAAAGAUGGGAGAACUCCUCUUGGUGAAGCAGCGUACAGGGGGGAAGCAGGUUGUGUACCCUACUUGUUGGAAGUCACCUGGACCAAGCUAGCAUAUGAUGAGGCAAAGGAGAUUGUGGAGGAAGCCAGAAGGAUAGUUCAAACCCGCGGAAAUACGCAAUCAUUGGACUUGAUUAAGACCAGCUUGAUCUAUGCAGAGUUUGGUAUUGAGGGUUACACUGAUCCUACUGAACUGAUUGCCAAUGUGUGUGGGGCAGAAGGUUCAGGAAAAUCUACCUUCAUUGCAUCCUUCACAGCAGAAGGUUUCUUCAAUAAACGGCUACGCAAGGAGAAUCAACCGGACCUGAAGGCAAAAGAUUUAGCAUCCCGAACAAAGGGAAUUGAAGAAACCAUUUACAACCAAUCGCAGGUGAAGGUGCAUUUUCGCGACUUUGCUGGCCAAGAGCAUUACACCGAGUCGCAUGACAUAUUCACGGUUGCCAUGACAGCACCAUCUGUUGCCGCAAUAGUGGUGGACGGCACAGAGGUGGUUGAUGAGAUCACACAGACUGUCAGUGCAACCGCAGCCAAUAUUGUUUGUCGCCUGUCUGCACCUGAUGAUGGCCCUCUACAGACUGAGCAACAAGACCAGCAGCACCACCAGCACCGCCAGCAGCAGACGCAGCAGCAGCAGCAACAACACCAGGAAGAACUGCAACAGGCGCAGAGAAUUGAUGUCAUUGCGAUUGCCACACGAGCUGAUAAGCUAACACCUGAAGAGUGCACUGAAGUGGAGAAGGCCAUAAGGAGGGGAAUGAAAGCAUUCUCUCAGCACUUGGAUCUCUGCUUUGUGAGAGUAGUGGACGCUAGAAAGUCCAACAGUUACAGCAUGAAUGAUCUAAGGAGAGAUUUCAUGCACUUGGUCCAUCGAGUGUUGGCGGUAAGAUUUCUUCUUUGGCCGAAUUUGAUAACCUUUCUCUGUCUUGGGUGUUGGUCGAGUAGCUGGUCGAGUAGCCCCCCACAAGGAUGCGCUUUACAGAACCGCUAUGCAUUUAAUUGUUUUAUGGUACAAUGCAAAAUGAAAAUAUCACCACUCAGUAGGCCUAUAUUGCCCUGUCAAUACACUGAUGUUGAUGGGAAAAGGCGCAACAUCAUAUUGGUCUUAUACUUCUAUUAAAAUUUGCGCUGUCCUGCCGAAAUGUGAAGCAUGCGACCUGCAAGAUGUGUGUUUGUGUGGAAAUUGCUGA